UUCAUUCUGACUCGUCUGUGUCCGUCAGUGUGGUGAAUAUUUCUCCCUCCUGCCUUCUCCGUGUCACAUUCCAGCUUCUAGGGCACAGCGUCCUCCUGCCAUGGGUUAUAAAGAGAAGCACAGCUCUAGUAUGCAUCUGCACUCUGCGCUAUGAUCACCUUUUGCCUCCAGUGAAUUUUUUGAAUUGUUUUGAAUAGGCAAACAGACUCUCUAGGAGAGUUUACCUUCCCACUUUUUGUUCCCUUCUUUGAGAUCUUUCGGACUUGUAUGGAUUCUCAUUUAUACAGAAAGCUCACUUAUGCACAGUGGAAUACUCAAGUGAAACAGUCUUUCACGGCUUCAGUUCAGAUGUGUGUGCAUGGACAGAAUACAAUGGGCCUCACUAAGCCAUCGGAUUUCAUCAAAAAUAUCUUAAUUUGUGUUCUGAAGAUGAGAGAAGGUCUUACAGGUUUGGAACGACAUGAGGUGUGACCUUUGAGUUCGCACAGAUGGACCACUACUGUAUGUAUCGACACACUCCAGUACCACACAAUAAGUGAUCCAUAGUGCGUCCGUGGAUGAAAUGGUUACAAGUUCCCUCAAUGAAAGGCAAACCACUACUGAUGAGAUGGCUUUAGUAAGCAAUGCAUUGGCUGCUUACUCCUUCAUAGCAGAUCACCCGGAACGGGCGGCACUGUAUUUUGUGUGUGGAGUGUGUUUGGGACUGGUUCUCACUCUCAUCGCGUUAGUGGUGCAGAUCUCCUGUCGAACCGACUGCAAAAGGCAAAAACAAGUACCCAGGAAAACAGGAAAGACUGCGGAGAGCACCAGUGACACGAGCGACAGCGAUUCGGACUGGGACAAUACUUCCGAUCUGUCAGCACGCCGCCACCGGCGCUUUGAACGGACGCUCGGUAACGUGUUUACCUCAGCCGAAGAGCUGGAGCGCGCGCAGCGACUGGAGGAACGCGAGCGGAUUAUACGGGAGAUCUGGAUGAACGGACAGCCGGACAUGCCGGGCACACGCAGCCUGAACCGCUACUAUUGAAGUCUUUGUAGAUUUAAGGAAAUAUUGAACAAUACAAUAGCUAUUACUUUUUUGGGGAUACAGUAAGGGACUAAGACAUGAGCAAAGCCAACACUGACAAGACAUCAAGGAACAUCUCUUCUGGUGGCACUGGCGCUCGUGUUUUUAAAGGUGCACUCAGUAUUUUUUGUUUAUGUUGCUGCGCCGAUAGUUACACUGACCACAUGAUACUGACACUUAUACUGACACCUAGUGGCGUGGAUGAAAAAGCAACAUUUUUAGUUAUUGAUGACAUUGUAGAAAUAUCCACAACUUGGAGAACACGGUAAUUACUCAUUUGGAGCAAAUUUAUCAAAUCUACAUUCUGCCCUGCUCCAAGUAAAAAUAAAACAAAACAGCUGCUUUGAUUUGACUGUUGACUUCAUUCGUUUGUGCUAUUCGUUUCUUAAUGAGGGAAAUUACUGAGUGCACCUUUAAUGAAAAGACUUCACCAAUAUAAGGUGAAUAUAAAACAGGUGAAGAAAAAUAAAAUGCUUGAGCUUUGAGUAUGCUUGCCUUGAAAUACUGUAUUUUUAAUUAGAAUGAAUUUUGUCUGAAAUUAGGUUUGGUCACAUGAACAUUGGUCAAUUCAGACACCUAAUUUUAUUAAGAUCUUAACCUUUUUAGUUGGCUGUAAUAUUUUUUAUUUAAGCAAAAUGACUAUUCUGUUACAAACACUUUUAUUAUACAAAAGCUUUGUCUUGGAGCUCAGGGUUUUUAUGACCUCUGUGAAGGAUUUCUUCUCAUUUCUGAGAUAUUUUGUCAACUGACAAAACAAAAUGAUUGUCUGUGCCUGCAUUUUCAAAAAAUUUACUUUAGAUACUUGGAGAACUUGCAGACAUCUUACAGAAUCUUUUCGUUUUACAGUGUAUAGGCCUUUUUCAAGCAAGUAUUAAUUAUGCAUGGAAGACAAUCACCUCUAUUUGUACUAUAUUUUUCACAGGGUAGUAUGCAUUUUCAACCUGGUGCUAUAGUUAAAAUCAAUCCGUGCAUGAGCACAGAUGAGCAAUCCAACUAUGGUCCAGAAAUGUCAGAUAUGUCAUCAAAUAUGUCCCUGUCCGUAUUUUACCCUUUGGUGUUCAACAUAUGCAGCAUUUUAAUGAUGUAACAAAGAGGCUCACAUGCUUCCACUGUCUCAUUCCACACUGAUUCAAUACAAGUGUUUCAAAAAUAUUUUCAUUUCAUAGAAAUAUAUGGAUUUAUUAGAAACUUUAUUUGUGGGGAAUUUGCAUCUGGUUGUCUUUUUUUUUAUUUUUUAACAUGGUUGUUUUGAAUGUGUAUGAGGAGUUUAAUGUGCCAAAAGUUUGUCUGUGGAUCCAGUCACUACAUCUUUCCAUAAAAUAAAAACCGAAGCU